AUGAAAUCAAAUAGACCUACUACAGUUAAAACGGGUCAAAAUUCUAGAAUAGUGGCUAUAAGCGAUAGAAAAGAGUUGGAAUUAAUUUGUUAACCUAAAAUUAAAGGAUAUAAUUCAAAAGACUCUUCCUAUUUCCUGACUUAUUAUAACAAAGGCUUUCUUUCUCAGUAGUUUGUCUGGAAAAAUGAUUAAAAAUAUAUAUUUUAAGCUUGUAGAGGCGAACAAUUAGAAUAGAGUUUAGUUUAAAAUUAGGAAUCAAUAUAAGUAUUUUAUUACAUAGGAACUAUGGUAUUAGUUUAUUUAGAGUUAUAAUAAGUUAAGAUUUUUGAUUUUUAACAAUCUCUCAACUCUUAUAAAAUAAUAAAAUUACCUGAAAAGAUUUCAUAAAUAAAUUAAUUCGAUGAUUAGAUUGUUUUCCAACCAGAAGAUAGUAAUCAUAUAUUUGUAAUACAUUUGUCGUAAUUUUAAUACUUUUUUGAAAAAUUUGAAAAGUAGUUAAAUCAAACUUAAGUGUUGUAUUUUAAACAAAGAGAUUCAAAAAUUUUGAUACAAUAUGAAAAACAUCUUUAUAUAAUAUUUUAGGAAACUCAUUCAGUAUUUUCAUUUUAAGAUCAUUUAAUAAUUUAUUCAUAUUUUGAAAAAUCUUUUAUAGUUUUUUAUGCAAUAGAUUAAUUGUAAAAUAAGAUAAUACAUUAUUAAUUCAGAGAUUAAACUUUAAUAUUUUAAGAAUAACUUAAUCUCAAUGAAUAUCAUUUUUAAAUCCACAUCCCGUUAAAACUUUCAUGUAAUUAUGGAAGAAUUAUAAUUGCAAUUAAAAAUUAAUCUGCAUAGUUGUUUCUUUUUAUAAUUAACUUAAAAGAAAUGCUAACCUAUAGUUUGGAGUAAAUUAUUGAAAUAGGUAGAUUAGAGUUUUUUUCCACGCUCUAGUUUCUAUGUUUCUAUGAUAAAGAAAAAAAACUUUAAAUUUAUUAAUUUGAUUACCUCAAUUUCACAGUGAAUAUUUAAGAUAUAGAUUAAUAUUAAAAUAUUUUAACAAUUAACGAAAGCUUAAUAUUUUAAUCUUAAAUAUAACCUUUUCCUGAAUUAAAUUAGUAUAUCACAUUGUAAUUCAGUAACUAUUGUUAAAAAAUAAAGAAAUUAUCUGAAAGUUAACAAAUAUUGUAUAGUAAAUAACAAUCUUCUAUUUAAUUAAGCUUUCAAGAUUAUUUUACUGGUCCAAUUUACAAACUUAAAUUAUUAAAUACUUCUAAUUUAGAAUUACAUGGGCCUUUUUUAAAACGAUAAUAAUUGUAAAAAUGCAAUAAUCCUUUAGAUUAAAAAUCAUGUUUCCAAAUUCGUACUCUUCAAUAUUAAGGAAUUACUACUUUAUAUAUAUAUUUAAUAUACUUAGAUAACGAAUAUAAAAUACUAAAAAUAGUUAAUAAUAAUCAUCGAUUAUUUCGUUUUAUACCAAUAUCUUAAAUUUAUCUAUUAGAAAAUGAUCAACUAAUUAUAAUUAUCCAUCAUUAAGAUCUAUGUAUAUUUUAAUUUUAUGAAUUUAACCAACUUAAUUCAAUGUAUUUAGAAUAAUCUAUUCAAAAUUAUGAAUGUAUGGAGUUUCCGAUAUCCUAAUGCAAGAAAGAGGGUAAUUUAAUAAUGCUAAGAAUUCAAUAGUCAAUACGAUUAUUUUUAAUACAUGAAUAAUAAGUUACAGAAUUGCACUUUGAAUUUUAAGAUUAAUAUGAUGAUUUCUUUAUCAUCAAUAACACUUCGAACUUAUUUUUGUUAAUGAAAAAUCAUCAAAACUUUUAAUUUUGCUUAAUUAGCAUCUAUUAUUUAGAUUAGAAUUAAUUACAUUUUAAUAGUAGUUAUAAGUUAGAUUAACAAAAAUUCUAAUUUGAAUUAUUAUAAAAUGAAUUAGAAUCUUAAAUUCUAUUUUCUGGUACUUAAAUAUUUUAUAAGUCUUUUAAGAUAGAGCAGCAAUAAAUAAUCUCUAAAAUAAUAAUUUUUUCCAAAAAAACUAUUUUUAUUGGAUUGGUUGAAUGCUAAAUUUUAUAGAAAGAAUGCAUUUACUCUGUAAGUAGAACUCUUAAAACUCCUGAUUAUUCUACAUAUGAAAAACAUUAAAAAUUUGAUGAAGAUUUUAUCUAUCUAUCGAUCAACCAGAAUUAUUACUUGUAUGAUUUAAAAUUGAAAAAUAGUAUAAAUUUGAUAGCUGCUUUUUCUGAGAAAAAUUAUGAAAUAUCAAAGUUUAAUACUACACACUAUCUUUUUAAUUCAAUAAUAUCCUCACAAGAUAUAUAUAUAGGAUAGAUUGGUUAUGAGAUAGAAAUUUUAGAGGCUGGGUAAAAGUAGAAAGAAAUUGAAUUUAAUUUAUUUGCUUAAAAUGAAAUAUCAGAAGAAUAAAUUUCUUUAAUAUUGUUUAAUGAUGAUAUAAAUAUAUCAAUUUAGAUAACAAAAACAUAUUUAAUUUACCCAUUGAUUAUGAUGUUUAUUAUUUUAAUGAUUUACUUUAUUCGCAGAUCAAAGCUUAAGUUAUAAAAUCAAGUAAAUAAAACUAAUGAUUAAUUGUGA